GCCUCUCUAACAAAGUCCUCCUCUCUUUGCUCCCUCCCACUUCAUUCACUUGCAAAUCAGUGUGUGCCCACAAGAGCCAGCUCUCCCGAGCCCGUAACCUUCCCAUCCCGAGAGCUGCAGUUUCAGCCGCGGCAGCAAGAACAGCAGAGCCCGCGACCGCAGAAGCAGCGGAGGCAGGAGCUGCCUGGGCGGGUCGCAGGGUCUCCCCGGGCAGGCGAGCAGAGAUACCCUCUGAGAGCCAAGCAAAGAACAUUAAGGAAGAGAGGAGGAACGAUGCUGAAAACCGUGCAGUGAAAAAAGACAUUUCAAGGAGCAGGGUACCCACUACCCAGAGACUGGACUGUGGCAUCAGAAUGAGAACUUACCGGUACUUCUUGCUACUCUUUUGGGUUGGUCAGCCCUACCCAACUUUCUCAACCCCAUUAUCUAAGAGGACUAGUGGUUUCCCGGCAAAGAAAAGGGCCCUGGAGCUCUCUGGAAACAGCAAAAAUGAGCUGAACCGUUCAAAAAGGAGCUGGAUGUGGAAUCAGUUCUUUCUCCUGGAGGAAUAUACGGGAUCCGAUUAUCAGUAUGUGGGCAAGUUACAUUCAGACCAGGAUAGAGGAGAUGGAUCACUUAAAUAUAUCCUUUCAGGAGAUGGAGCAGGAGAUCUCUUCAUUAUCAAUGAAAACACAGGGGAUAUACAGGCCACCAAGAGGCUGGACAGGGAAGAAAAACCUGUUUACAUCCUUCGAGCUCAAGCUAUAAAUAGAAGGACAGGGAGGCCCGUGGAGCCCGAAUCCGAAUUCAUCAUCAAGAUCCAUGACAUCAAUGACAAUGAACCAAUAUUUACCAAGGAUGUUUACACGGCCACUGUUCCCGAAAUGUCUGAUGUUGGCACAUUUGUUGUCCAAGUCACUGCAACUGAUGCUGAUGAUCCAACUUAUGGGAACAGUGCUAAAGUUGUGUAUAGUAUCCUACAGGGGCAGCCCUAUUUUUCAGUUGAAUCAGAAACAGGUAUCAUCAAGACAGCUUUGCUCAACAUGGAUCGAGAAAACAGGGAGCAGUACCAAGUGGUGAUUCAAGCCAAGGAUAUGGGUGGCCAGAUGGGGGGAUUAUCUGGGACCACCACAGUGAAUAUCACGCUGACUGAUGUCAACGACAACCCUCCCCGGUUUCCCCAGAGUACAUACCAGUUUAAAACCCCUGAAUCUUCACCACCGGGUACACCAAUUGGCAGGAUCAAAGCCAGCGAUGCUGACAUGGGAGAAAAUGCUGAAAUUGAGUACAGCAUUACAGAGGGAGAGGGGCUGGACAUGUUUGAUGUCGUCACCGACCAGGAAACCCAGGAAGGGGUUAUUACUGUCAAAAAGCUCUUGGACUUUGAAAAGAAGAAAGUGUACACCCUCAAGGUGGAAGCCUCCAAUCCUCAUGUUGAACCCCGCUUUCUCUACCUGGGUCCGUUCAAAGAUGCAGCCACAGUCAGAAUUAUGGUGGAAGAUGUGGAUGAGCCCCCCGUCUUCAGCAAACUGGCCUACAUCCUACAGAUAAGAGAAGAUGCUCAGAUAAACACGACAAUAGGCUCAGUCACAGCCCAAGAUCCAGACGCUGCCAGGAAUCCUGUCAAGUAUUCUGUUGAUCGACACACAGAUAUGGACAGAAUAUUCAACAUAGAUUCUGGGAAUGGUUCGAUUUUUACAUCGAAACUUCUUGACCGAGAAACAUUGCUGUGGCACAACAUUACAGUGAUAGCAACAGAGAUCAAUAAUCCAAAGCAAAGCAGCCGAGUCCCUCUAUAUAUUAAAGUUCUAGAUGUCAAUGAUAAUGCCCCAGAAUUUGCUGAAUUCUAUGAAACCUUUGUCUGCGAAAAAGCAAAAGCAGAUCAGUUGAUUCAGACCCUACGAGCCGUUGACAAAGAUGACCCUUACAGCGGGCACCAAUUCUCAUUCUCUUUGGCCCCCGAAGCAGCCAGUGGCUCAAACUUUACCAUUCAAGACAACAAAGAUAACACGGCAGGAAUCUUAACUCGGAAAAAUGGCUAUAACAGACAUGAGAUGAGCACCUAUUUCCUGCCUGUGGUGAUUUCAGACAAUGACUACCCAGUCCAAAGCAGCACUGGGACAGUGACUGUCCGGGUCUGUGCAUGUGACCACCAUGGGAACAUGCAGUCCUGCCACGCGGAGGCCCUCGUGCACCCCACGGGACUGAGCACGGGAGCCCUGAUCGCCAUCCUUCUGUGCAUCGUGACCCUACUAGUGACAGUGGUGUUGUUUGCAGCUUUGAGACGGCAGCGGAAAAAAGAACCUUUGAUCAUAUCCAAAGAGGACAUCAGAGACAACAUUGUCAGUUACAACGACGAAGGUGGUGGAGAGGAGGACACCCAGGCCUUUGAUAUCGGCACCCUGAGGAAUCCCGAAGCCAUAGAGGACAGCAAAUUGCGCAGGGACAUCGUGCCCGAGGCCCUUUUUCUCCCCCGACGGACUCCAGCAGCUCGUGACAACACAGACGUUCGGGAUUUCAUUAACCAAAGGUUAAAGGAGAAUGACACGGACCCCACCGCCCCGCCCUACGACUCCUUGGCCACCUACGCCUAUGAGGGCACCGGCUCGGUGGCCGAUUCGCUGAGCUCGCUGGAGUCGGUGACCACGGAUGGAGACCAGGACUACGACUACCUUAGUGACUGGGGCCCUCGGUUCAAAAAGCUCGCAGACAUGUACGGAGGCGUGGACAGUGACAAAGAUUCUUAAUGCGUUGCCUUUUUCAUUUUCCAGUACCACACCGAAAUAGGUGAAGUGGCUCUUUCUCUCUACUUUAUCCACCGCUCCGUGAAGGGUUCUCUGUUCCACCCGUUUCAAACGUCAAUGGCUGCAGUCCGUGUGGAUCCAAUGUUAGAGACUUUUUUCUAGUACACUUUUAUGAGCUUCCAAGAGGCAAAUGUUUAUUUUUUAGCGCAUCCAGUUAACCAUGUCAGUCAGCCCAACAGGCCCCCUGCUGGAGGAGAGCACCAGGAGUGGUAUUUUCCCUUGUUCUCUUAGGGCAAGUUCAAAACAUACUCGGUUUCCCCUGGUCUCCCUGCUACACUCCAUUGAUUCAGGUCAGCGGGCGGCUCUGGCUGUACAUUUCACAUGCUAACGGGAUGAGGGACUGUGCUUUAAUGAUAAAAAAUAUAGUUUUAGUAAGAGAAAUGAGGGAGAAACAACUGUGAAGUUGGUCCUGGUAUAAGAGCUCACAAGGAGAUAAUGAACUAUAUAUAUGGGUGUGUAUUAUGGGUGUGUCCUAAAGAAUUCAAAAUGGCAUUUGCCAGUCCUGUUUGUUCUUCGAGAACUUUAUCUGCCACCAAUGACUAUUCAAAACAUCAAAUCCACCAACAUUUUAUGAUUCUUGUUCCUCUUUUGGACUAGAAGCAAACUAAAUGGUAACAUUCAAAAACAACAAACAAAAUGUAAUACCUCAUUCCUUGACACUAACUCAUAAUUUGUUAUAUAUUAAACCUGCAAAAGUUUGCCCUUGUACCAUAUAAAGAGAAAGGGAAAAUAGCUAAUGAUGUUAAACAAAGGAAAUAUUUAGCAUAUUUUAAAGUUCGGGCCACCAAAUGUACCACAGGUCACAUAAAAUUAUUUCAACCAUCAGUAGGCUAAUUACAAAUAAGUCUAAUUGUUUAAAAUUCUUGAAGGAACUUUUCUGAGACAAAUUUUAACUCCUUGUCUGUAGUUGUUGUCAGUAUUAUUCCAAUAUACUUGAAAGUAGCAGUGUGAAGUACAAUAAUUCAUAUUCUUCAGAUACUUCGUACACAAUUAAGUUGCAUUAGUAAAGAUAGAUUAAAUAAAACUCAAAUCCCGCCCUCCGAGUUUAAUGGGGAAAGAGAGCCAGCCACACUUGAACUUGAAACCCUGUCCUUCACAUCUGGAAACAUUUAUAUAUUUAUAUGACAUGAUAGAUAUAGAUAUAUUAUUGAGAUCAUAGUGAAAAACUACAUAGUACAUGUUUGGAAGACGCUUAUGAAGGGAAAAAUUCUAUUCCCUUUAAUAAGAGUGUUUAAGAUUGUAUCAAAAUGAUAGUUGACUUUCAAAAGCAUUAAUAUUUUUUCAUUGUUUUUAACUUUGUUGCUACGGCAACCUUGCCAUCCUUGUCUUUGAACUAAUGAUAAAGUAAUGGUUUCAAACUACAACAGAAAAGUAAUGUACAAUCCAUCCAAUCUAUUAUUUCUCUAAUUAUGCAAUUAGCAUCAUAGUUAUUAUUCAGAGGACCCAACUGAACUGAACUAAUCCUUUUGGCAGGUUCAAAUCAUUUAUUUCAUAUGGCUGUUCUAAUGAUUUGUAUCAUUAGAAUCUUACAUUGUGCAGUCAUCAGAAAAUUCCAAAGUACUGUAACAAAAACAUCGUUGUUUUGAAAACUUAAAAAAAAAAAAAGCAAACCCAGGCUCUGUGUGUAUAUAUAUAUAUAUAUAUAUAUAAAAAUAUAUAUUAUGUACUUAAGAAUAUGCUGACUUCAAUUAUUAGUCUUAGGGAUUUAUUUUCAAUUAAUGUUAAUUUUCUACAGAUAAUGUUAUUUCCAUUUGGGGAUACUGUCAUAUUAGUACAUACUUUCUAUUUGGAAACAUACAGUUGUUAAGUUUAAAUAGGUGUAUUACCCAGGAAGUAAAGACAGCACACCUUUAAAAUAAGAGAAAUGUAGUCUUUUGGGUUACCCAGUUAGAGUGAAAAAGUUUUACAACCAUAUUCUUCCUUGUGUUUCCUGGUUUCCUAUUUUGUAAUGGACUUCCCUGUGUACUAACAAGUAUUUCAUGUUUUCAGGGUUUUCUUUUGUUAGUUCUUCAUACACAUACACACACACACACACACACAGGAAUGCAAACAAAAUACUACAGGAGGGUUUCAGUAUAAUGAAUAUCAUAGUCACAGUUAAGUUUUGAAAAAAGAUAGCUUAGUAAAGUUAAUUAGUAAGAACUAGUUAUUUAUAGCAAUAGAACACCACCUUAAUCACAUGACUUACUGUAAAAUUAAAGAGCUCUCUGUCCUUACAUUUCAUGUCAUGUAAUAAAUUCUAUCAAGAAAGAUAGUCCUGUAAAAAGAAAGAUAUCAUCAAAAGUCUUCCUUUUGAACUUUUGGGUUAAUUGGAAUGUCUGAGGGUCGACACUAGCAACUUCCAAUGUUUAAGGGUAAGGUUUAUUCUCUCCUCAUAAGUGAAAGUAAGUAGUUCUGUACUGGAAUAUUUGAGAUAUAAUUGGCAGGGUAUAUUAUCCCACCUUGAAGAUGGUACAGUGGGCCAAGAACAAGUUAAUAUGACUAAAUAUGGAAAUAACUGCUUAAUCUCUUACCACAAAACCUAUGAUGAAUCUCUAAGAAAUUGGAUAAUUUAAGACUAGAGCUGAAUAUUUAGUACUAGGGUCCUGUAUUUUACUAUAAUUAAUACUCUCUGAUGUCAUGGAAAUAAUGAGAGCCAUACUUCCAUGAUUCUGUGUGGGUCUCCCUUCCUUCCCACCAAGAUAUUGCAUCAAGGACCCCAGUCAAAUGAAUGAUUACAAGAGAAAAAAACUAGUUUUUGGCUCAGUUUUCACAAAGUCUCUGUCCUGAUAUUAGAUGUUAGUGACAAGAAGGAUGGAAGGAAAAUGGGAAGAGGUAAAAUUUAAUACUUGCUUUAGUCAUUAUGAAACUAAAAUUCCUUAAUUAUAAGCAGAUCACUUUUGUGGAUUUCUUCAAGGACUUUGAAGCCCUUCUAAAAUUUUUUUCCCCUCCAUUCAAAGGGGAGAGUUUCUUCAAACCACUAAGAUAUUCCCUAAAAUAAGCUGGGAUUUUUUAAAAUGUUAAACUAUCAUGCAUAAGUUUAUAACCCCUUCACUUCACAGCCACUUUCUGCUGAAAGGCAUAAACAUUUGUCCCCAAAUAAAAAAUGAAAUCAAAUGGGAGAAAAGAAAAGAUGAUUCCAUGGAACCAUAAGACAGGGGCUCUGGGCACAAUAAAUAAAUGUUUUUUACAGAGCUUUCUUAGCUUUACAGCUUAGUUGUAUAAAGGGAGUUUCAGAUACACAUUGACUCCAUUUUCAAAUGAAACAAAACCUGGCAAUUCAAUUUUAACUCAUUAAAAAAAAAAUUCUGGCUUAGUGUUCAUUUUGAGCUCCAAAAAAGUUGUACAAAAAUUUCUUAAAAGUUGAAUCUCUAUCUUAGAAACAUCCAAAUUUUACGAAUCCAAAUUAACUUUAGAAAGUUUCUAUUACUUCUAUUUCUAAAUGUAUAAAUGUUAGAUGUCCUGAUUUGCUGAGCAAUACCUUCCAUCAAAUGCUUUGCUUUGAAAUGGUAUUUCAUUGGAGAUAAUAAUGUAUAAGCUAUGAAUUAAGAAUUCCUCAAUUCUACAUACUUGAGGACCACAGAAGAAUGCAGCUGAAAGGGAAGAACAGAGUUGAUUCUUGGGCACAAACUAAGUAUUUAAAUCAGGCACACCUAAAUUCAUUUUCCCCAGGAACCAAACCACCAAAUCAAUUUUCUUACCCCAGUCACCAGUUUUAAAGCAAUAUAAUUACUUUGGAAGAAUGCUCUAGAAAGUCAUGAUCUCCCCCCUACGCACUAUUUUGAAAGGUAUCCUCUAAAAAGGGUCAUUUUUGUGUAAUUUUAUUUUUUAUGAUUUCCUCUAGAUGAAAUCUUUUUUGAAUUGUCACAGAGGAUUAAACAAACAUUUACAUGUUAACACUAAAAUCCAGCCCCCUCUAUCAGAUUAUAAGAGUGGAGAGAUUAAGACUUAGUGUAUGGAUCUUCAGGAAAAUGAAGUAUUUUCCAAAGUCUGACAAGCAGCUUUCUUUUCCAGAGAAUACAGAAUUACAGCAUGGUCUCCUUAAAAGUUCAGUGACUAUUACGUUUGCAGCAUUUUUAAUCUCCCUUUGGCAUCUUUAUGGAAUAGUUUUCUAAAGGGGCAAUUCUCUACUAAAAAACAUCAGACCCUGAUCAUAUUCAAUGGGCAGAGGAAUACCUUCUUAGAAAGGAAAUACAGUGACUCACACACUUGUGAAAAGUUAAUAAAGAGAUAGCUCAUUUUUAAAGCCAGAAGUUUAUGGCCUCUGCAUCGUCAAUUUAAUUUAAGCAUUGCUGAGACAAUCUUUAAUCUACUCCCCAUUUUGUAAUACCUUAUUUAUGAUGCAUUUUCAUUUUUUAAUUUGGGGGGAACGUUAGCCCGACAGAGCCAGCAGAUGAAAGUGCCAAAAGGAGGCCAAAUGGAAACAAAGCCUAUUACCCACUGUAUUUCAGACAGGACUGAGGCACUUAGCCCGAGAGCCACUGGGUUAUUAGAUUAAUUUCAAAAGAGCUUUUACAAGUUGCUUAAUUCCAAUUUUUUUUUAAACCCAUGGACCACAAACUCAAAUUUCUCUUCAAAUGGGGUUAAUUUGACAAAUGAGGCAUGGACCCAGCGUUGUGGAAAAAGCAUUCUGCUAUAAUGAGAUCUUGGUCUUUCUUGCGAGACUAUGUUAUUUAUGUAAAUAUGUCUAGAGGCACCUUCUAUAAGCUUUUAGUUUUCUAUGAUCUAUUAGUUUAGUGUUUAUUAAGGAAUCAAAUGUAUAGAAUUGCUAAGGCAUUCAGGGAGAAUGCUGCGUAGCAAAGCAGCCAAUCUGCUCAGAAGAAACGUAGGAAUGCUUCAAAACCAUCAUAUUGUUUUGUUUGUGAUUCUUUUCAUUGCUUUGAAAGUAAACUGCAUAAGAAUAGGCCUUAUAAUAAAUGCUACGUGCGUCUUCAGUAGUACCAAGCUAAGGCAAUUUGGCAUUCUCCUGCUGUGAUUUGUGAUUUUAAACCCAGAAAAUAAAAGCUUUUUGGUAUUGAUUGUUUUUAAUUAAAAAUACUCCCAAGUAUAAAUUGAAGCUAUUCCACCCUUGAAGAUUUCCUGGCUGUAAUGCUCAGUCAUACGGUUUUUCUCAGCAUCGCCUGUAUCCCUGGUGAUGAGAACACCUGACAGAAACCACCACUGCUCAGCUUUCAUCAACAUUUCUAGUUGGGGAGAUUUUCAUAACUUCACAGUUUACAUGAGAAAGUUUCCUGUAUUCGAAGGAGAGGUAAGACGAUUACCUUACAGCUCAGUGUGGCCAGGCCUUUUGUGGUAGUCAAAUGGCAAAGGCGUGCUCCUUGAAAUGGUUUCUUUUACUUUCCUUUGUUUUCUUAGACGUAUACAUUUGAAAAGAAUGCAAUUUAAAAAGUGAUUUCUCACAAAGAGUAAAUAUGCCUUUUGCAAAUCAAUUUUUGUAACAAGUUAUUUAUAUGAUAUU